AUGGAGAGGUCUGCGGGAGUUUCACGGUCGCUAGUCUCACUGAAGCUUACCGGAAGUCAUUAUGACGUCGGAUAUGAACUGGGGAAGCGUAUGGGUAAAGAGAUCCGAGAAUAUUUAGCCGAGAUGGAUGGUCACAUUAAAAUGCUCAAACAAUUCGCCGACUCAAAUGAAGGAAGAGAAACGUACAAGAGAUUCCUUGACACCGUGACGUCAUCCUACCCACUUUAUCGGAGGGAGUUAGAAGGGACAGCUGACGGUGCUGGGAUAGAAUUUGAGAAGCUGUUCCUCCUUAGCAUUGAGCCCGAGUUGACGACCUUGUUUGGCGAUAAUUCCGUUGUGGAGUUGUCUACCCUGUCGGACGAAAGUCGUCAUCUUUCGCAAUCUAAUGGAUGUACGGAUAUCUACGUCAGAAACACAGCUACUAAUACCUUUGUUCUCGGACACUCUGAGGACGGAGCUCCUUCAAUGGACAAGGCUGUGGUCUGGCUCGAUAUGGACAUCACCGACACAUGGAAUGGCGAGACAGUGAACGAAAAGUUCCUGGCCUUCACCAUAGCUGGUACGAUGCCAGGAAACAUGUUCAAUAUAAUGUCGCAGAAUUUGAUGAGUUCAGCGAACAAUGUAUACCAAAAGACAGUUAACAGGUCAGGAAUACCUCGGCGAUUCUUCAUGCGAGCAAUCCUCUCUGCGAAGAGUUUCGAAGACGUCGUAAAAACUAUACAUAAGCCACCAGGUAUUGCGUCUGCGUAUAACAUCAAUUUGAUUCACCCUGUUUACGACAGUAGUGUCAAUUCCUCGGAAGAGCUAGUAUGUACCAGUAUAGAGUUGGCGGGAAAUCCGAACGGUGUCCACAUGUGCAUCACUCCAUGUGAAGAUUUCUUCACUCACACAAACCUGUUUCAGUAUCUGACUACACCAUGCUAUCAAGAGGAAAGUUCCAUUCAACGUGAAAAGGUACUGGAAUCCUGGAGAGGACGAUGUAGCAAUAUGACAAAGUCUGACGUCAUCAAGAUCCUGUCCAAUCAGGACAACAGUUCUUUCCCCGUGUUUAGAACAGGCAAGAAGCCAGAUUAUCUGUCCACAGGAUGCAUCG